CUCGUGCAAAAUUGCUACCUGCACGGGCCACACAGUCGAAGUAAGAACGUUGGGCUGGGUUGAUCGUAUCCCAUCAACUGUAAAUCCGGUGUGUUGGACACGCUUUCUUUGCACCAACGAUUGCAAAAUGUUUUCAAAAGUUUAAAUAUCCCCCGAUCAAACUCUGCGAGUGUGUUGUAUUUUCUGUGAUACUGAUUUCUAGUAAAAGCCAAUAAACAUGUCUUCUGUGAACGUCACAAAAAAAGGUCACCGUGAAGCGAAAGUGCUGCUACGUAGUACUUCUUUCCAAAAGCUAUGUUCUAUACCGUACAGCUUCAAAAUAGAAGCAAUUCAAUCGUAUAAAGAACACAUCAAAACGGUGAUAAAGCUCCUGAAGAUUGCAACUCGGGUGUAUGUCAUUUCGGUUUAUUUCAAAUUUAUAACCACCAUCCUGCUCAACGAAUUCUUCUUUAAGCUGUGUAACCAACUGAAGGGAAAGUACGUAACUGCACGCGAUGUUUUGGAAUCAGCAAGAUCAUCACCUUUCAACUCACGACGCUACGAACACAACGAUCGCAACGAUGCUUCACAAUCGCAAACGCCAAUUGUACCAAAUUUCAUUUCGCAGUACAAAACUUUGGUUCAAACAAUUCUAACGUACACCUGCAUCGUGUACAUUGCGCUUCAAACAGUUUCGCUGCUAACAACACUUUGGUGGUCCUCGAACAUACCGUUCGGUCUCGUGUUUCUCAUGCUGGAUUUGAGCUACAUGGGAUUCAUUAUGUUUAAGAUUGCAUUUAACUGAGGGCAAAUGAGGCAAAUGUGGGCAUUACUAGCGACCCGGAGGGACACUGUCAAAUUCACACCAAUUUAUCCAACAAAGUUACGGGCACGGGCACGGUUGUCAAAUGGUUAAUUUUUCACCUACACCAAGAGAAAUCACGGACCACCCAUCCCUAACCCACAUGGUAGUAAAAAUGUAUAAGCGGACAAAUGGAAAAUCUGAGUAAAUAAAACGCUUAUAUCAAACGCAGAACAGAA